UUCGUGUCCUGCAGUCUCGGGUUUCCUUGUAGAUCACGUGGGUCGCCGAUAAGACCCCGCCCUGAAUCAGCAGAGGCACCAUUUUGUUUUAUUCUGGUGUUUGAGCUUGCUGUCGACAGUUGGUGAAGAAAAUUCCCUUUACGACGUCGAAAAGUUGAUCAGUCAUCGCCAUGAGUGGGUGUCGUAUUUUCAUCGGCCGGUUGAGUCCAUCGGCCAGAGAGAAGGACGUGGAAAGGUUUUUCAAAGGAUACGGCCGCAUUAGAGACAUUGACCUGAAGAGAGGCUUCGGCUUCGUGGAGUUCGAUGAUCCCAGAGAUGCUGAAGAUGCCGUUUAUGAGCUGGAUGGAAAAGAACUUUGCAAUGAAAGGGUGACUAUUGAGCACGCGCGUGUGCGUCUGAGAGGCGGCCGUGGCCGAGGUGGCGGCGGAAUUGGAGGUCGUUUCUCUGAUCGCUAUGGAAGAGGCUCCCAGAACAGCCGGAGUCGAAACCCCCCUCCAAUGCGUACAGAGAACCGGCUGAUAGUGGAGAACUUGUCAUCUCGUGUCAGCUGGCAGGACCUGAAAGAUUUCAUGAGACAAGCUGGGGAGGUGACAUUCGCAGAUGCACAUCGUCCCAAGCUCAAUGAAGGGGUAGUUGAGUUUGCCUCUUACAGCGAUCUGAAAAAUGCUCUUGACAAACUGUCUGGGAAGGAAAUCAAUGGCAGGAAAAUCAAGCUCAUUGAAGCAGCCAAAAAGAGGUCGAGAAGUCGUUCCCGCUCUGAGAGCUCUUCCCGCUCUCGCUCCCGCUCCCGCUCUCGGGGCCGCUCCCAGUCGCGCUCCCCCAGACGCUCCCGCAGCCCGGCCAAAGCCCACCACCGCUCCCGCUCCCGCAGCGGCUCGCCGGCCGGAGGCGCCUCCUCAGUGAGUCCAAAAUCCAAAGACCCCAACAAACGCUCCAAGACGAGCAAGUCGGUGACCCCCUCCUCCCCUCCCCCCGCGCAGAGAGGCUCCGUGUCCCGCUCUCGCUCCCGCUCCCGUUCACGCUCCCGCUCAGGCUCGCGCUCCAGGUCUCCCUCCACCGACAGCCAGCGCUGAGGGCCUAGGUAGGUAGGCAGAAGCCGCUCGGAGGAGCUGGCCCGCCGGAGCCCCCCCGCGACCACCUCUGAAAAAGCUGGCUUUUUUCUUCUUUUUUUUUCUUUUUGAGUAAAGUUUGGUUUUCCUCUGGAAUUUUUUUUCUUGUGACUUUCUUAAAGUUUUUCCUACUCACACAGACGCAUCACUGACGAACAGCGACCUUUAGAAAGAUAUUUUCGUAAC